AUAACAAUUCUGAUUACGCGACUCGCUGAUCGCCAGCUUGUGGUCGCGAUGCCGUACACCGGAUAUCCUCUAGCGCCUUCCCACAAUCGCGCUUCUGCGGUUCUGCCGCCGACGUCCGCGCCGCCGACGUCCGCGCCCGCGUCCCUCGCUGCUUUGCCCUCUCCACCCUCCGCCAUCACCGCCGCGGCGUCCUUCUGUACCGGAUCCGUCGCAGCCACCACUCCGCAGAUCCGCUGGGUUGACGUCCACGGAGCUGCUCCGGGGAUGUCGUCCUCCGCUUCCAGCGUCGAGGGCGACGCCGCCGGAGAGUUCACGGAGGUCGUAAUCGUGCGUCACGGCGAGACGUCAUGGAACGCCUCGCGCAUCAUACAGGGACACUUGGAUGCAGAGCUUAAUGAUAUUGGAAGGCAGCAAGCUGUUGCGGUUGCUCAUCGUCUUUCUAAAGAAGUGAAACCAGUUGCCAUAUACUCUUCUGAUCUGAAGCGAGCAGCAGAGACUGCGCAAACAAUUGCAAGAAUUUGCAAUGUGCCAAAUGUCGUGUUCGAUCCAGCACUGAGAGAAAGACACAUUGGAGAUCUGCAAGGCAUGACGCUUCAAGAUGCUGCUACAGAGAGGCCAGAGGCAUACAAAGCUUUUAUGUCCCACAAGAGAAAUCAACAAGUUCCUGGUGGUGGAGAGAGUCUUGAUCAACUGUCGGAGCGAUGUGUGUCUUUUCUGUACGACAUUGUUGGUAAACACAAAGGCAUGUCGAAGAAAUGCUACUCUGAUGUUUGCCUGUGAGGCUGAUGAACCCACCACCGUCUACUGACACAGGGGAGCGAGUUAUCCUGGUUUCACAUGGCGGCACCAUCAGAGAGCUCUACAGACACGUGAGUCCCACGAAGCCGCUCCACGGCAAAAUACACAACACGUCGGUGAGCGUCAUCCUCGUGUCCGACGCCACCGGCCGGUGCAUCGUCAAGAUGUGCGGGGACGUCAGCCACCUCCAGGAGACGGGCGUCCUGGAGAACGCCUUCGGUGGCGACAAGACCUCCGCCUGAGAUUCCAACAUUCAUCACGCGCCGAGAGCUCUCGGCAAUUAUCACGCGCCGAGUGAGCGCUCGUUUCGGCCGUCUUUUUUUCCACUGUACCAAUCAUCCUGUUGCUACCAGUAGUGGUCUAGCGGAGAAUGAUGCACACUUCCCCCCGCUGGGAACGCGGCGAUUUUUGCUGGAACAGUUGAAGGCCGAGCCGGGGCGAAUCCUUUUGGCCUGGCCGUGCACUGCUUGCUGAACUGCACGUACGCAUGUGGAGCUGAAACGAUCUGCGUUCGCUCAUGUUCGUCCACAUCCGUGGAUCAUGGGUCUAUUCUGUUCUUGCGGCUGUUUGCGCACUGAGAUGGCGGUGCCGGACCGGAUGCAUGGCGUGCGAUCGGGCACGACGGCUGCCCCUUCCCCGGGUAGGGACUAGUGAGGGCACGCAUAGUGCUGUGAUGGAUGUUUUUUUCGUCAGAAGCAGUUGCCAGACGUUUUUACUAUUCUUCGAAAUGAGGCACCAACAGUUUCAGCC